AUGACUGCUUUUAAGAGAUUCACAGAGUUUCCUAGAGAGCUUCGAGAUCGAAUUUGGAGCCUUGCCAUCCGGGAUGACCAUCCAGGAGUACAUAUCUUCGGACAAUAUGUGACCGGAAGCCAUCGUAUCCUAUCUUGGGACGGUACAAGCUUUGAUUUGGCUGCGCCUUCAUGGAGCCGGUACUUUGAGAGCUUGGACGAGCAUCGCAGCGACGAGAAUAUUUCGACAUAUCUUAUAGACGGUGGCUUAUGGACCGCUUGUCACGAGUCACGAUGCAUCAUGGAAAAGCAUUUCAAACAGUCAAAACGACAAUCAAACCUACGUCCUCCUGACGAAUACCGAAGAAUUUCUAGUGCGAAAGAACUUUUCAAAAGGGCCACAUCAGGCUACUUUGAUGGUGCUCCUCUCGAAAUAGUGACAGUUUUUCCCCACAGGGAUCUUUUUAUCUUGCAGCACGAUGACUUGGACAAGAUCGACUGGGGUUCGAUUGGUUACGAAGCUGCUCUGGCAUCAACAAGAGAAGAGUUCCAUGGAGUGGAGCACAUCGCAAUAGAGUACGACCGAGCGUGGGGGAAUGGAUCUAGCAGAGGAGAUGUUAACUAUGCGCUUUUACAUGCUGCUGUCGGAGCAAACUAUACUAUCUGGUUCAUUGACCGCUCUCUGAAAAGAAAGAGUCAAGCUUCAGUAUUUAAAGAAGAGUCAGACUGUUCCUGGAAGAUCAAUGCUUUCUAUGCCAGCGACAGGAAAUUUUUGGAGAUCAAUGACACCCAUGCCCUGUUGGAGGACUGGGAAUACAUCGGGCCGGUGGAAAGCUAUUGGUACGAUCAUAUCUGUGAUUCGCUUGACUUUGUUCGCCAGUUAGAGAUCGAUCUCACUGACCAGUACAUCGCUGGCGGCUAUGAAGCCGAGAAACCCUGUACCAUUAGGCUUCUCGGAUGGGCCCACUUAUGA